AUGGCGGACGAUUUGGGAGAUGCCAAGGCUAUUGUGCUCGACAACGGAUCCGGCGUGAUGAAGGCCAGCUUUUCCGGAGGAGAAGGGGCGCCGCGUGUUACGUUUCCCACGAUUGUUGGUCGUCCUAAGCAGUCGGGAUCGUCAGGAAGGGAGGAGGUUCAAGUCGGCGAUGACGCGCAGUACCAUGCUGGAAUUCUGAUUCUCAACCAUCCUAUUGAGCACGGUAUUGUGACAGCAUGGGACGACAUGGAAAAGAUUUGGGAGCAUACUAUCAGCAAGUCGCUUUGUUUCUCGUUUCCAGAAGAGCAUCCGGUACUCUUGACUGAAGCUGCUUCAAAUUCCGAGGGAAAUCGCGAAAAGCUGGCGGAGGUCAUGUUUGAGACUUUCAAUUUCCCCGCGAUGUAUGUCGCCAUUCAGUCUGUGCUUGCUCUGUACGCCAGCGGUCGUACCAUGGGUCUUGUACUGGACUCGGGUUUCGGCGUGUCCUCCGCCGUCCCCGUAUAUGAAGGGCUGGCUCUGCCCAACGGAAUCCAUAAUCUGAAUCUUGGUGGUCAGGAAUUGACUGGCUACCUGCAUAAGCUUCUAGAUGAGAGGGGCAUUUCCAUACACAACCCUUCUAACAGGGACAUGGUGGUCGAUCUGAAGGAGAAGCUCUCAUACGUUGCCAUUGAUUUCGAGCAGGAGAUGGCGAAUAUGGAGAGCUCACCAUCCUCGUACGAGCUUCCGGAUGGCCAGGAGGUUACUCUAACUUCUGAGCGGUUUAGGUGCCCGGAAGCUCUGUUCAAACCCUCGCUGGCUGGGGUGGAAGGCUCGGGUAUUCACGAAAUGUGCUACAACUCCAUUAUGGUGUGUGAUUUCGAUAUCAGGAGCCAGUUGUAUGGCAACAUCGUCAUUGCGGGUGGUAACGCUGGAAUCGCUGGAAUUGCUGAGCGCUUGACAAAGGAGGUCACUGAGCUUGCUGGCACAGAAGUUAAUGCUUCUAAGCCCACCUCACACCAGGGGGAUUUCAGUGCUUGGAUUGGUGGAGACAUGCUUGCGUCCCACAGCUCCUUUAAACAGAUGUGGAUUUCCAAGAGCGAGUUUCAGGAGUCAGGCGCAAGUGUUGCGCAGAGGAGGGCCCCCCUUCCUGCUGUCUGA